GCUGAACUACGUGACCGGAGCGACCCAGAGAAGAAGACGAUUGUCGCCAAUCUGAAGCGACUUCUGCCGACGAGCGAUGGCGGAAGUUUUCGUGGAGCUCGAGCAGGUUCUCAGGUCCAAAAAGGUGACAAUGACUCUUGAAGAAGCCAAUCUUCUGUCGGGAUGCAAGUCGAAAGCUUUGAACAGUUUCGCGUAUGGCUUUGCGUUUACCACUGCCAUCGCAUCGGCAGCUACAGGGAGGUUAAAUCCUUUGCUACGUGUUUGCCUGUCAGGAGGAUCCGCUUUUGCCUGUGGAGUAUGGAGAUUGUCUAAGUCAUUAGAUUCAUGUGCUGACCAUAUACUUGCACUACAUGGCAGUCGGAUGCAAGAGGAACUAGCAAAUAUCAUAGUGAGGAAAUAUCAUCAUGAUCCAGGCAAAAUACGGCUUCUAGCGAGGCAUUUCUAUUCGGAGCAAGUGUUCGACGAUUCCAAUUCAGAUCAACCAAGGUUGAGGUGGCGCUACCGGAAUAGUUUUGGCGAUGCUGCUGCUUAUGGCCAGUUGACCAAUGAGACUGACAUCCACAGUGGGAGGAAUCCACAGCUGGAUGAUUAUGACUUAAACAGAAAUAUGGGGAACAAUUCGUAUGGCAAUCCCCAGAAUGACUCCAAAACCAUCUCGGUUGACUUCCCAAGUAACUCUGACAUCGAAAGGGCAGACUCAGAGUUGAAGUGGAAUUCUGUGAGUAAAGCAACCAGCCUUUUUUCUCGGGCGAGCUAUGGAGUUGACGUGAUUGGCGACCCCCUUGAUUGUAUUUUUGGAGGUAUGAUGACAAAAGAGGAGAUUUGUCAUCCAGUGAAUAAAGUUCCUCCACAAAGCCACAGAAGAUCAAGGCGCAAACGUCGCACGCGACAGCUGGAGGUUUCUCUUAAUACUUAGCCUGAUGCAACUCUCUGCUGUUUGUAGUCUAGGGGAGGUUCAAGAUGCAGAUUCUUUUAAGCUGUUGAAGGUUUUUGAUGAGCCACAUGACCUUCGGCAUGUGGAAGGACUUAAUAAUUCAUUCAUGGGUAGAUUUUUAUUGACCUGGAGGUUCUCUUAUGUCUAAGGUUGCUGGACUGUACAGCAACUGGUGGUAGCUCUUCCCUUUCCGAUUUCA